CACUUUCCAGAAAUUGGAAACCAAAAGAGAAGUGUCAUCCUCCUUCUGUCUUCUAUUCUCCUCACAAGUCCUUCUCAUCACCCACAAGGGCAAGAACUCACCCUUCCCUUUCUUCAAACUUCGUACCAUCACAUCACAUGCAUUGUAAUCCGGAAACUGUAGAUAGAUUAGAAUUUUGGGUAUGAAAGGAAUGAGGGGAAAAUUCUUGAGGAAAUUGAAAUUCAUCCCAUCUUUGAGCACCUUCAAACAAGGUCUAGUCCUUCAGCCAGACCCCCAAGAAAAGCUUUACAAAGAACAAGAUCAGAAGGGCAGCUCUGGCUCUCCUAGAGAUGAAGAGAUGGAAUUGGAGUACUUUUGUGUUGGGAAAAAGGAUAACUUUAAAUCCCCCAUGAAGUCCAAAGAAGUGAUCAUGAUGAUGGAAGAUUGCAGUACACAUGAAGCAAAUGGCAGUGAAGAAUGCACAUCUCUGCUAGAUUUUGAAGAGAAAUGUCCACCAGGAGGAAGCGAGUCGAUCAUUUUCUACACAACAAGCUUGAGGGGCAUCAGGAAAACAUUUGAAGACUGCAACACAAUCCGGUUCUUGUUGGAAAGCUUCAAAGUGUUGUUCUAUGAGAGGGAUGUUUCAAUGCAUUUGGAAUACAGGGAAGAGCUGUGGAGAAUCUUGGGUGGAAAAGUCAUCCCUCCAAGGCUUUUCAUAAAGGGGAGGUGCAUUGGAGGAGCUGAUGAAGUGGCUGGAUUGCAUGAGCAAGGCAAGCUUAGGAAGCUUUUGGAAGGCAUCCCACUUGACCUCUCCACUUCAUGCAGAGGGUGUGCCAAUGCCAGGUUUGUGGUUUGCCUUAAUUGCAGUGGCAGCAGGAAGAUUGUUGCAGAUGGGGAGAACAACAACAACAGUGAAAUAUUGUACAUCAGAUGCCCUGAAUGCAAUGAAAAUGGGUUGGUCCAAUGCCCAAUUUGCUGCUGAAAAUCUAACCAAUAUUGCCUUUUUUCUAGCUCUUCCCCAUCUGGUCAUGACAAGUAGUGUGCUUUAAUUUCCUUCUCUUAGUUCUCUUGGUCUUCAUGUUACACUAUUCUUCAAACUUGUAUAAUACUUAAAACUGAUUGCUGUUGCAGUAGCUUGCCUUGGUGGAGAAAGCACAGCAUAAUGUUGUAUAAUUUUCAAUAGGGAACCUUUCAUCCUGGGAUUAAAGUUCAAAGAGAAUGUUAUUGCUAUGGCAUCUUUAACAUAUUGAAUAUUUAGAGAGAUUUAGAACC